AUCAAGAUUUAGCCUCAGCCCUAAGAAAGAUCUUCCCUUUGGAUCAAUAACGGUCGAACAGCAGCAAUCUUCCGAAGCUCCACUUCUUCUCCAACAACAACACAACAACAACCACACCACCAUCAACCAUCGUCAAUCAAUCCAUCACCAUCAAUACAAUAAACAAAGAACACCAUGGGAGUCCAUUCCUUUUUAGUAUUUGAUCGCAAGGGCAAGACCAUGUUUGCCAAACGCUACGGCAAAGCCGAUGCCGAGUCGAUUUCGGACGAAGCCCAAUUGGAAGAACAACGCAAACUCGUCUUUGGAAUGCUCUUUUCCUUGCGCGAAGUCAUUGCUUCACUCAGCCCAUCGGAAGAGACGGCGUUGCAUACCGUUCAGACGGGUGCCAGUACCAUUCACAAUUACGAAACCAAUUCGGGAAUGCGAGUGGCCGUCUACAUGACACCCAAUCCCAUGGCGCCGCCGUCGGAAGGAGAUACGAUUUGCAAGAGUCUCGAACACAUUUACAAGGAAUUGUGGGUGCAGUGUGUCAUUCGGUCGCCCUUGUAUCGACCUACCGAAGGAAAUAUCAAUGCCACCAAUUUUGAACAAAAAUUAGAUGAUUAUCUAGUGGCGCAACCGUGGUUUCGUUAGAAAAACUCAUUGAUAUGCAACAAAAACAACAAAGAAAAAUGAACAUGGAGGAAGGAGAAAAUGGAGGAGAAGCAGGUGGUUCCUUUCAACCGAACCGAACACUGGAGGGAGACGACAAUGAACAAAUAAAGAAAUGGAGGUUACUGUGUGAAAAUUUCUAGAAAAGGAGACGGAAUUCUAUUGUUGGGAAGACGAUGUUGGGAUUCUAUCCGUAGAAAUGAUGUCUCUACAUGUAUUUGGUUGGUGCUAUUGUUGACAGCUUCAUGGGACGGCACCAAUAUGGCUGCACUAUAGAAUUUUGGAGCACAAAGGCCAACAUUCACGUCGAAAAAUGUCAUAAAUAAAACGUUUUGCUAGCU